AUGUCCAACUAUCAAGGCCACGGCCGCCCCCAGUACGGCGGCCCUCCUCCGCCAAUGCAGCAACAGCAGCAGCCUUACCAGGCCUACGGGUAUGCUCCCAGUUUCUCUGGAUUUGCGCCGAGUAAGCGCUUCAUCCCGACUCACUUGGCUGACUUGCAAUUGCGCUCUCUCCUCGCGCCAUCUAGCCCCCCUCAACACUCACCUCAGCCGUACCCAAACCAGGGUCACCCGUCGCCGCAGCACGCCUACUAUCAGCAGGGCCAGAUGCAGCAGCAACAAUACGCUUACCCUCCGCACGGCAAUAGCCCGCAUCAGUAUCAACAGCAAAUGCCCCCUCAAUCGCCAUACGGUAGCCGUCCCGGUGGCGCCGCGCCGUCUCCCCAGCACCAUCAUGGCAACCAGCAAGGCCGCCAGGAAAUGGUCCAGCCUCCCCCGAGCGCUCCCCAGCACUUUGGAAGCGGCGCCCCCCAGAGCUACUCAUUCAAGUACUCGCAAUGUACCGGCCGCCGUAAGGCCCUUCUCAUCGGAAUCAACUACUUUGGCCAGCGCGGUCAGCUGCGCGGCUGCAUCAACGACGUGCGCAACAUGACAUCCUAUCUCGCCGAGCACUUUGGUUACAGACGCGAAGACAUGGUCAUUUUGACCGAUGACCAGCAGAACCCCAUGAGCCAGCCCACCAAGCAGAACAUCCUGCGAGCCAUGCACUGGCUUGUCAAGGAUGCCCGCCCCAACGACUCCCUCUUCUUCCACUACUCUGGACACGGUGGUCAAACUAAAGAUCUGGACGGCGAUGAACCAGAUGGCUACGACGAAGUCAUCUACCCCGUGGACUUCCGCCAGCACGGACACAUUACCGACGAUGAAAUGCACCGAAUAAUGGUCCAGCCUCUCUGUGCUGGGGUACGAUUGACGGCCAUUUUCGACUCGUGCCAUUCCGGUACGGCGCUGGAUCUGCCGUACAUUUACUCGACCCAGGGCAUUCUCAAGGAGCCCAACCUGGCCAAGGAGGCUGGCCAAGGCCUGCUCGGUGUUAUCUCCUCCUACAGUCAGGGUGAUCUUGGCGGCAUGGGCAGCCAGAUUGUCAGCCUGUUCAAGAAGGCCACCAGCGGCGAGGAGGCUCACAGCCGUGCCCUCGCCACCAAGACUUCUCCCGCCGAUGUUGUCAUGUGGUCGGGCAGCAAGGACGAUCAAACCUCUGCCGAUGCCAGUAUUGGCCUCCAGGCCACAGGUGCCAUGUCUUGGGCGUUCAUCACCUCGCUUAAGAAGAACCCGCAGCAAAGCUACGUCCAGCUACUCAACAGUCUCCGCGACGAACUGGCCACGCGCUACACGCAGAAGCCCCAGCUGUCCUGCAGCCAUCCCCUAAACACCGACCUCUUAUUCGUCAUGUAA